AUGUCUUCCAAAUCUGACACCCUUUUAUUUCUUUCGAGGCCCUUUCUGACUAAAAAACAGAUUUUAAAGGCUCAAAGUAAUAAUAUUCAGGAUCAUCGUGCAUAUAACCAAAAGAAGCUAGCAAUUAUCAAGUUCUUAAGUGAUAUAUGCGUUCAAUUGAGAUUCCCGAGAAAAACACUAGAGGCAGCACUGUAUUUCUACCAGAGGUUUUACCUUUUCAAUAAAUUUGAAACGGAAUUAUGCUAUACAAUUGCUACAAGUGCGAUACUAUUAAGUUGCAAACAAGUAGAGACGAUAAAGAAAUCUAACGAGAUAUGUAGUAUCUCGUUAAGACUACGGAGCGUUGCAAAAGUAACUCCUGAGAUCCUAGAUAACUUCAAGAAAAGGGUCUGUCAACAUGAGCUGCGACUUUUAGAGGCAAUAUCCUUCGAUUACAGAAUUAAUAAUUACGUUCAUAUUGAUGAGUACGUGAUAAAAUUAGGUAAAGAGCUAGCAUUCAGCCAAGAGACCUGUUACCUCGCAUGGAUUAUCGCAUAUGAUGUUCUAAAAACUGAGAUCAUCCUGGUAGUACCGCAGCAUACAAUAUCUUUGGCUGUUUUAAAAAUUGCGCACGAACUGCCCAAUGCAAAAUCUACUUGGCCAACAAUCAGGUAUACCACCUUUGAGUCGGAUGAAAAAUCUUUCAGCGAAGCUUACUUUGAUUUGCUGAAUUUUUACAUCAACUCCUUCGAUUUAUGCGAUCUAAAGGAUAAUAUGCCAAGUGGCCUUCAAUCCAUUAGUAUUGACACAUUUAUUGAACUUAAAAAAAGAGCAGGCCGGGAAUAUGGCCUUAAAAAUCCUACAGAUAAAGAAGUUGAUACUGAUCUAUAUUUAAGUACCCAGUAUGACACUUCAAAUGUACGAGAGAGACGGUACGUUCUUUCGGCCAAAUCGAUAAACAGUGAAGUUGCAUCAAUGAAUCAAAAGCCCUAA